CUUUCACCUCAUUGGGUGUUGAAGAUGUCCGUUCGCGUUCCCUCAUAGCAGCUGAAUUUUGGUAAAGCACAUCUUCAACAACGGUACUGCUCGAUGAGCGAUAUUGGAAACCGAUCAGACCUGGUAUGGCACCCACAACGGAGUCGAGACUGAACGUGGAGGCUUUAAGUAAGAGAGAUGUGCUGCUACUCUUCAGUGUGCUUGAAGGGGAGCUGGAGGCCAGAGACUUUGUCAUACAAGCACUCAGGGCCCAGCGCAGAGAUUCUUACAUGUGGGAGCGAUAUUGCAAAUACAACCUGAGCGAUCCAUUUCUGGCCCUGCAGAGAGACAGCGAGGUUCUCCAGAGCUCCGGCCAGGGCAGGGGAGACGAUGGAGGUUCCUCCCAGAGACGAGACGGGGUAUGUGGGGCCACGGCUCACUCAGAUCCUUUGGCGGUGCUAAAGCUUGUGGUUGGACACUGCAGAAGGAUGCAGGAGAAAAUGCUGAAACAGUUGGCAGCUGUAGAGAGCAGACACAGAAGGGUUAUUGCUGAUCUGGAAGAGGAGAAGAGAAGGCAUGCUGAAGAUACUGCGGAAGGAGAUGAUGUCACUUAUAUCUUGGAGAAGGAGAGAGAGCGCCUCUUGCAGCAGUUGGAGUUUGAGAAGGUGAAGACGUCUCGAAUGGAGAGGGAGAACAAACGGCUACACGAUCAGUUAGAAGACGAGUGUGUCCAGCAUAAACAGCUCAUGACGGCACUGAGUCGGGAAUGCAAACGCUCCGGCUCCCGCGCACACGAGGAGUCCCAGCGCGCCAAUGAACUCAGCCAUCGUCUUGAACGCGAACGAGUGGCCAGCCAGACUCUGAGGGUGGAGCUAGAGGAAGAAAAGAGGCGGGCUAUGCAAAUGGAGGCCAGGAGAGAGGAGCUAUUGGCCGAGUUUGACACUGAAAGAGAGCAGCUUGGGCUGAGAUUACGAAAGGAGGAAGCACGUUGCAAGGAGCUAAUGGAAGAAUUGGAGAAGUUGAGGAGAAUGAUGAGCAACGGAGCAUUUGAGACAACUGUGGAGAAAUCAAACAAAACACAACCAAAGAUGAAUGGACACCAUGUUCCAGCAGAAGAAGAUCGGUAUGUUGAGAGGCAAAGAAAGGAGAAUGUACCAGAAAAUCAAGCCAUCUCUCCAGACAUGCCCUGUCUACAAGCUGCAUACCAAGCAGGCAUCAACCAACGUUUCCACGCAGCACGUCACAAAUUCCAAGGUACAUCUGAUCCUGAUACCCAAGCCUUACCAUCUCCUCCAUCUAGUGCGUGUGACCUCUCUCCCAUUGCAGCCAAUGUAGCUUCACCAGACAGUGCUUCUUCUAAACAGGCCGCCCGCAGCACGGUCACUCAAGCCCUGAGUCGUUUCAGCACUCAGCAGGGUUCCAGCAAACCAGCCGCCCCCAACAGCUCCCCUUUCGGCACAGAUUACCGCACCCUGGCCCAUUCUGGGAUGAUGUCUCCAACUAUUCCCAGAGCUGAGAGAGGGAACCCACCCCCGAUCCCACCCAAGAAACCAGGCCUCGCUGAAACGCCACUGUCUCCGGCCAGUCUCCGAGCUGCUCAUUUGGCUCAGAUGUCAGCCGGUUGGGGACGCAUCAAUAACCCAGACAACAGCAAAGAACCAGACCUGUUGCUGUCGUCUGGCAGCUAGAAAGCACAAAGCAUCAUGAAUAUUAUAUUACAUACACUACAAGUCCAAAAGUAUGUGGACAUCCCGUUCUAAUUAACAGGUUUGGCUGAAGACUAAUCUUAAUGCUAUAGAAUACAAUGGAGGACCAACUCCCUAUUAAUGCCAAUGGGAGUUUUCUGUGUUCAAAACCAUUUAAACUCAAUUAACAACAUUUGUGGCAUAAUGUUGAUUACCAUAAACAAUUAUUUUGACUCAUCCCUUAUUCAUAAAAAAAAAAAAAAACGGUUUCAGUAAGGCGCUUACAAUGGAAGUGAAUGGGACCAGUCCAUAAACAUUAAAAUAUACAUCAUUUCAAAAAUAUAGCCACAAGAUGUAAACAUUAGGUGUGUUAACAUGAUUUUAGUGAGGUAAAAUCAGGGAUUUACCAGCGUUAUGGCAUUUAGUAGAUUACAGGGUUAACCAACGGUACGUCCGCAUGACAACAAAUUUGUAAUAUUGGAUUGAACUUUACACAGAUUGGAUUAGUAAGGGAUUUUAUCACACUAAUAUCAUGUUAACAGGUAUAAUGUUUGUUUCUUGUGGCUAUACUUUUGAAAUGGUGUUUACUGUAACUUUUAUGCACUGGCCCCAUUCACUUCCAUUGUAAGUGCCUUACCGUAACCGCAAUUUGUAUUUUUUAAACAAUGAGGUCGAGUCUAAAUAAUUUUUUUGUGGUAUUUAAAAUUAUGCCAUAAAUGCUGUUGAUUAAGCUUCAUUUGUAUUGUUCCCCCUGAAAAUUCCUUUAAAUGCGCAACAAGUCUAUAUAGACACACAGGUGUCUAUAUAGUUUUGAACAUAUAUACAGUAAAUGUACAGUAUAUAUGACUAAGAACUUGUCAAACACUGUUUAUUAUUUUUUGUAGUGGACAUUUCAGGUAUUUUAAUCAUUACAGAAGAUUUUAAACAUGGAACAUCUUUUGUAACUUUGCAAUGAUAAUCUCAUGGGUGUUUGCAUGACAUUUAACAUUAUACUGUCAAAUGUGUGUUGGUUGUGUACAUGAAUUUAAAAACAUAUUAUACAUUCUGUAUGUAACCAAACCCUCCAUGAGAAAGUCACUUGUUUAUCACUGACAAUGUUGUAUCAGCUUCUAUAAAUAGAUUAUAUAUAUUCAUAUUUUUGACAAAUAUUUAUAUACACAUGAAAUAGCAUCUAAAUAGUUUAAUUUUAAUUUCUCUCCCCAAUUUUCUAGUUUAUACACUGAAUUGUAUAUUUAACAGAUUGCAUGUGCAAACAAACAUCUGCUUUCUCACAUAGCAGUUUGAAGUUUAAAGUUAAAGUUUCCCAUCAAUAUUUACAUGCUUGCUCUGAAUCAUAUAAAUUGCACAUUUGUAUCACCUUGUUCCUGUUUAUUCUAGACGUUUGUAUUCUUUUUGUAAUCAUCUGUUUACUGAUAUGAAUGUUAUUUUUCAUAAACCAAGAUUAUUGUACUUAAUUUUACAUAUAAUUGAUUGUUAUAUUAUUAUGCUUGUUGGUAUGGGUUGGAAACGAAUUAUUAUGGAUUACUUGUAGAUUGCAUUAUAUCUACCGCCUGAACCCAGCCAGCAGGGGGCACUGGGUGGUAAAGUAGCACAUACAAGUACAGGAUCACCCAUCUUUAGCCAUUAAUAGACCAUGUUCCAAAUGGAACACUAGCGUACAGCACACUGCACAGUAUGCACAGUAUACUGAAUGCCUACUGUAUAAUAGUAUUUGAAACUAUGCAUUCUGCAAUGAUAUUUUGUUAUCAUAACAUUAAAUAAAAACAUUUAUUUUUA